AUGGACCGCCUGCGACGCACCAGAGGAGUAAUUCGAGCCGCUGCUACGAAGCUCAUCACGUCCGCUACCGAAGCUUUGCAAGCGGAGAAUCCUUCUCCGACCGAUCUGCAAGUCAUCUUGGAUGACCCCCAGGACAAAGACACGACGCUUGCAGAUCUCAACCAAAAGAUUGCUGAUAUCACGACCGACGGCGCCGAGUAUGAGGAGGAAGUGACAAUGGCUCUCGACUAUCACGACAAGAUCCGCAACACUAUGAGCCGUGUCCGCUACCUUCUCAAGUCAGCUGCAAGUCCCGCGGACGGUGCUGUGCCUGGCGUCGCUACCGAAACCAGGCCCCAGGAAGUCUCCGCUCAAGCAAGUAACCGAUCACAGCUACGAGUUGCCUUGCCGAAAUUACAGGUACCCGUUUUCUCCGGGGAACUUCGCGAGUGGCAGGGCUUCUGGGAACAUUUUGAGGCCACGAUCCACAACAACUGCGAGCUGUCGGACAUUGAGAAGUUUUCUUAUUUGCGAUCCUACGUAACCGGAGCUGCGAAACGUGCGAUCGAGGGUGUGCGCCUGGAGCAAGCGAAUUACGCGGUGGCAGUCAAGGUGCUCAAAGAAAGGUUCGGCCGUCAUACCGCUCUUGUAGACGAACACAUUGAUAGCCUGCUUGCAAUCGCUACUGUGGAUCAUUCGUCCAAUCUAUCGCAGCUGCGGGAACUAUACGAAGUACGAUUUCACACCAGCUGCCUGGAUAGCCUCGGAGUUCAAGCAUCGGAGUACGCUGUUAUUCUUCAGAGAGUGCUUAUGCGAGCUCUCCCCGAAGACAUCGCCAUUCUCUACCGGCAACGCAUGAAGGAGACCGAAGCGAACGACGGGGCUACUCCAAGGUCACGGCAAGAAGAGGUGCGUGACGUGAUGAAGUUUCUGCAGAUACAGAUCGAGAGCAGAGAAGAGAGCUCUCGUUCGAGGUGCCUACGAAAAUCCAGCCCCGUGGCACAGGAGCGAAGACAUCCUCGCUUACAACCGCCGGUACCGUCAGCAUUAGCGCUGGCCGCAGGAUCUGCAAACAACAGCCAUGCCUGCUGCGUACUGUGUGGCCACCGUGACCACACUGUGAAGGACUGUCAGACUAUCAUGUCAGCCGACGAAAUUCGGCGGCGACUAAUCGAGAAGAACUGCUGCUUCAGAUGUGCCAGAGAAGGACACGUCGCACGAAAGUGCCGCAACGCAGCGUGGCUCAAGUGCAAGCAUUGCGCAAACCAUCAUCUUACCGCACUUUGCGCAAUAUGGAAACCGUACAACCACCCGAAUGCCGACAGAAGUGACACAACGAAAACCGACAGCGUGCCAGUGACUACCAGUGCUCCCGCAAGCAGUUCUAUGUCGCCAUCGCCAGCUGUUCUCAUGCAAACGGCCACGGUAUGGGCAUCGGGAAGGCACAGUUCCGUGCUGGUUCGUAUACUGCUUGACACCGGCAGCCAAAGAACAUUUAUAAGACGCGACUUGUCCACCAGACUCGACCUACCUCCCGUCGGCACAGAAGACCUGUCUCUGCUAACAUUUGGCAGCUCCAAACGUUCCCGAACUUACAGAUACCGAACCGUGCAACUCAAGCUGCAGAGUCGUUUCGAUACGCACGGCAUCACGGUGGAUGCUCUUGAAGUGCCAGAAGUCUGCAUAGUGAGGACGCCAGCUAUCGGACAAGAUCUUCUGGUGCAGCUGCGCGAGCGCAACAUGCUUGUUGCCGAUGAACAGCAGCUAGGAGACCGACCGACCCAAACCAUCAGUGUCAUCAUUGGAUCGGACAACUAUUGGCGUAUAGUAACGGGAAGAAUCGAACGCCUGAGUAGUGACCUAUGCGCCGUUGAGACGAUCUUUGGUUGGCUGGUGCAAGGCAUUUAUCAAGUCGAAACCGCUAAAGAAUUGCAUCAUGGGAACUACAGCACAUCGGCUCUAUUCCUUGCGUGUGAGCGCCAUAGCCAAGCUACACCUUGUAUGGUUGGCCCGACCGAGAUGUGGCGACUCGAUGCGAUAGGAAUCACCGACCCUUCGGAAGAUGUCGGCACUUUGGAUCAAGCAUCAUUGAAUCUGUUCACACAGUGCGUGCACAAAGAAGCCGGUCGGUAUGUGGUUCCUCUCAUGAUAAAGCACCAGGGACGAUUGACUAGCACAAACCGAAGUGUCGCGGAAACCCGACUUAGACGCCAACUUCAGCGCUUCGAAGGACAGCGGGAGCUGUUGGAGGAGUAUGACCGCACCAUCCGAGAGUACUUCACAGAAGGUCACGCCAAACGUGUCGACACCUCUUCAGAGCCAGGAGCGACCGUUUACUACCUUCCUCACCAUGCCAUCGUCCGUCGAGAUGCUAUCACUACAAAGAUCCGGGUAGUGGUCGACGCAUCUUCACACGAACGCGGCGAGUCAUCGCGCAAUGAUAUCUUAGACAAGGGAGUCAAACUUGGUGCCGAGCUCUUGCAACUCCUGGUACAGUUCAGAAUGAACCCAAUUAUUUUGACUGCGGACAUCCGGAAGGCUUUCCUGCAAAUUUCCAUCCGUCAAGAAGACCGCGACGCUCUCCGCUUUUUAUGGGUCAACCGAAUCACUGACGAAGGAGGGAAACCACCUUCCAUCGUCGAAUGGCGAAUGACUCGAGUGCCCUUUGGAGCGUCAUCAAGCCCUUUCCUUCUGGCUGCUACUUUGCAGCAUCACUUCGACACGUGGAAAAAGACUGAGCCAGUACUAGCUACACGCCUACAGAAAGCAUUCUACGUAGACGACCUCGUCAUAGGAGCUUCCACCGACGAAGAAGCUCUCGAACUCUACUGUGCUGCACUGAAUAUUUUAGCAGACGCAAGUAUGGAGCUGAGAAAGUGGUGCUCCAAUUCACGCGUUCUUGGUCGUCAAUUUCUCCAGGACAACACUUCUAUCGACAGCAUUGGAGAAACCAGAGAAACAACAAACUUGCUCGGCUUAGUAUGGGACCGCAAGAAUGACGACAUCGUGAUCAGCCCGCAGGCCGUUUCCGCGUACGUCUCUGCGCACUCAGCCACGAAACGCACCAUUCUGCAGUCAUUCGCUAGACUUUACGAUCCGUUAGGCCUCAUUGCUCCGUUCGUCAUCACAGCGAAAUUGUUGUUCCAACAGCUGUGGCGAAUGAACUCACCGUGCGACGAUCCUUUACCGAAAGACAUUGACAGGCAGUGGGAGAGUUGGACCUCUGAAGUACCAACGCUCGCCUCGCUGCGCAUUCCACGCUGCACUGUUUGUUCAACUCCUCGGCAGGUUCCACCAUUCGAACUUCACCUGUUCUGUGAUGCAAGCCCACUGGCAUACGGUGUAGCUGUCUACACGCGUCACAAGACCAAAGGGGGAACGUUCAAGGUUCAACUGCUCAUGAGCAAGAGCAGGGUCGCACCGCUCAAGACUACCUCGCUGCCACGUCUAGAGCUGCUUGCGUGCUUGCUGGCUGCCAGGCUGUGGAACUACUUACUAGGAAUUGCGGAAACAGCCAACUGUCAAGGUUUCUUUUGGAGCGACUCGUCGAUAGCCAUACAAUGGAUUGCGGCUGACGCUAAAGGAUGGGAGACUUUCGUCAGAAACCGCACGUGUUCUCGAAAUACAACGUCUUACCUCAGGAUAUUCUUGGAGACACUGUGCCAGCAACGAUAA